AUGUUGGCACGUGACAGACUGGCGAGAAGGGUGACACUCAGCACGGAUAUAUGGAUCAGUGAGAACAACAUCGAGUUUAUGGUGGUGACAGCUCACCGGGUCACCACGGACUUCAAGCUGCAGCGGAUGAUUCUUGAUGUCAGGCCGCUAGAAGGCUCCCACACAGGGGACAAGAUAGCACACGAGUUGGAGCAUGUCAUUGAGGAGUGGGCACUGGGUGAUGCAUUCUUCGACUUUACCACAGACAACACUGAGAACAUCAACCGGGCAGUUCGUCUACUAGCCGGCGUCCCUGAAAACACACCGGGGUCACGUCCGCGUGACCCCCCCCCUCUGCUUUCCCAGUCUUGGCACAUCAAGCUGUCUGAUGCUCUCAAGGCACCUCUUAUCGAGCUGCGUGAUUUCCUCAUGCCUUUUGACGCUAUCACCAAGUUCUUGGAGGGGUCCUUGUACCCCACCAUGGCAGCUGUGGUACCCCAGUACAACAUGCUGCUAGAUAUUCUGGAUACGACGCGAGGGGGCCAUGCCAGGGGGGCCCAUGCACUUGACCUGGGUGAGGAGAGGGUGAAGGUGCUGGUGCGCGAGUGCCUUCUACAGUACCAGACCGCGGCCCGUGCUGCUGCAAAGGCAUGCCUUGGGGGUGAGGUCACUAGCGCUAGGGGAGUGGCGGGGCAAGGCGCGGCAUUCAUCAGGGCUGCAGGGCCUAGGGGGGCUAGGGCAUGUGGCGUGCUUGAAUUUCAGGCUAUGCUGUUUGCUGAGCUGGCAGAGAUGGAGGCAGAGGAGGGGGUGCGGGCAUAG